AGAUAUCGCAAAAGACUUUGCGAGAUAUCGCAAACCAACUUCCGGGUCAGAAUUCAACUUCCGGGUCAGAGGAAAACCAACCACAACGAUGGAGUUCGGGAGAUUCAUCGAUGUUUAUUUUGAGCUUGGCCUCAAAUAUUCGGACAUCUAAGCCAUACUUGCCAGUAGGCACGCUUUCCAGAUAAGUGAGAGACAUCUCAAGAGGAUACUGCGAGAUAGGGGACACUCUCGCCGCAAGGCAUACUCUGACCUGUCGGUCCUGGUUGAUUUUAUUAGCCACCAACUGCAGUACUCCGGACAACUUCACGGGUACCGAUGGAUGUACGCUAAAUGCAGGGAGCAUGGACUGCGUGUGAGGAAAGAGGAUGUGCGGUUGUUGUUAAAAGAGCUCGAUCCAAGAGGAGUGUCAAGAAGGCUAGCGAGACGUCUCAGACGACGAAACUACUUCUCUAAAGGGCCGAACUUCAUAUGGCACAUUGACUCUUAUGAUAAACUUAAGCCAUAUGGCAUUUGUAUCAAUGGAAGUAUUGAUGGCUUCUCAAGGAAAAUGAUUUGGCUCAAUGCUUACACGACAAGCCGUGACCCAAAGUUGAUCGGAGGGUAUUACAUAGAAGCAGUGCAGCGUUUGGGUGGCUGUCCCAGAGUUGUGUGCGGCGAUCUUGGAACCGAAAAUGGCUACGUCAGAGGCUUUCAGCGUUUCCUCGUCCCCAUCCAGCCAGACUGCACCAUUGACAGUUACUUGGAGGGAGCCAGCACCGCCAAUCAGAGGAUUGAAUAUUGGUGGGGUUUUCUCCGUAGGGAGUGCGUGGAGUUCUGGUUAACUUUGUUUGCAGACCUCAGAGACAACGGUUUCUUUGAUGGUGGGUUUCUGGAUAAAGGUCUCCUUCAGUUUUGUUGCAUGGGACUCAUCCAGGAUGAGUUGGAUGACACUGCACAGGUUUGGAACACACACACCAUCGGGCCAUCGAAAAAUCCUAACGUCCCCAGCGGUCGGCCGAACGUGAUGUUUGCAGUACCUGAACUCUAUGGGACAAGAGACUUCCUUUCCCCAAUUGAAGAUGGUGAAUUUCAACUGUGCAAAAACGAAUGCAUCUUUCGCCAGACCAAACCGUGUGAUCCAGAUCUGUAUGAACUAUGCAACAUCUUUAUGGCUGAGUCCAAUCUCACCCUAGCAACAGAUCCAUAUCAGGCAGUGAACUUGUACAUGCACCUCAGAGAGGCCAUCAGGGCAUGUGUGUAGGUCAGGCGUAUUUUGUGGUCACAUAUGUAAAUAAUUCACCUUGCUGUUCUGUUCCUUUUAUAAGUUUGUGGUCACAUAUGUAAAUAAUUCACCUUGCUGUUCUUUUCCUUUUAUAAGUUUCCUUUAAAGGUCCCAUGACAUGAAAAUCUCACUUUAUGAGGUUUUCUAACAUAAAUAUGAGUUCCCCUAGCCUGCCUAUGGUCCCCCAGUGGCUAAAACUUGCAUUUGGUGUAAAACGAGCACUAGCUGUUCUGCUCGCCUUUGAAAAAACUGAGGCUCAAGCGCGCUGAUUUGGAAUGUCUUUAUUUAUGUCGUCAUAAAGCAUCUAAGCUCCUCCCCUUACUCUGCCUGGCCCGCCCAGAGACGUUGGCCAGCCAAUGAGACGCAACCGUGAGCGCCACAUGUGUGUGAAUACACACACUGUAACGCAAGUGUUUCUUGUCGGUGCUUUGACGUCUCUUGUAUUUCCACAACGAGACUGUCGUGGGGGUUAUCUGAGCCAUGGUUGAGAAGGACCUGAUAGAAUAUCAUUGGAUUUCAAAUGAUGGGACCAAAAAAUGUAUGUAUCUAUCUAACUCUGAACUUCUGAUGGCCAAUCAGUACAAAUAUUGACAUGUUACCGACAGAAAAGCAUUUUGAAAUUAUCUGUGCAUUUACAACCUGUAGUUUCAAAUACUGAGAGAGGGGUUAAAAACGACAAUACACGCUAUUCAUGUUUUGUUGAGACUGGAACAUUUUUUAUUACUGUAACUAUAUUGCUAUCCCCUAUUUAAUCCUGGUGUGGAACUCUGAAUAAAUAAAUUGCCAAACAAGUUUAGUGCUGUUUCCUGGUAUUUUCAGGCCACAUCU